AUGAAAAAAAAUGACCAGAAGAACACCACUUUGGUAGGAAGAGAAACGCCCAGCUACAAACAAGCCUUGCAAUCAGCAGGCAAUUCCUCGAGUAGUAGCGGAUCAAGCAAUUCUACCACUGGCAACACCUCUGGUUCUUCUACAACAUUUCAUUCUUCCGGUGUCAAUAGACCAAACUCACAACAAACAACACAGAGUAACCAACAACAACAUCAUCAUCAUAACAGAAAUAUUCAUCAUAAAUCUAAACCAACAACCGUUUCGAGCUCAACUGCUGUUGGUUCUAAUCAAACCGAUGUAUCAACCACAACCAAUACUCAAUCAGCACCAUUAUUAACAUUGGAUAAUACGGAUGUUGGUAAUCAUGUGGUUUUAAGAUUACUUCCAGCCCAAAAUAUUUUGGAAGGAGAGGUAUUUGCUUUUGAUCCUGAGUUAGGUUUCCUUGCCCUAUUCAUCAACGAGGGAAAACAUGCUUCAUCAACACGAAAGAACUUUAGAAUUAUUAGAGUGGGCUCUAUUGCUGAAGUUGUAUCAAAUACAAAGGCUGCUCAUGUUAAUCAAUCAGGAUCAUCAUCGGAAAAGUUUUUGGAUACAGUCCCCUUUGCGGACACAUCAAUUCCAUUGCCAGAAGUCGAUAGUGAGGAAAUCAUGAGACGUGAGGAAAUCGCCAUCCACGACAGAAGAGAAAGAUUAGGAUCUAAUGUAUCAUCAGAAGCUCAAGCUAUAUUCGACAAUUUGUCAAAGACUUUACCAUGUAAAUGGAGAGGAAAGGACAUUCUAGUCAUGGAUAGUGUUAUUGUUCCACCUUACGGACUUGAUAACGUUUCUGGUCCAGCUGCAGAACGAAAACGUGUACAAAAUUUCUUGCAAAAAGCAUUGGAGAAGAUUAAGUCAAAUAAAUAUUAA